AUGAUCCAAAACGAGAAUAGUCGCAUACAGCAUGUGAAGCUACGGUUUGCCCGGGAGUUCAACAUCAAAGUAAUCGACGACUGGCUCACUGGAUGUGUAUCGUUUUGUUUGGAAGAAAACCCCGGAACGUCCAAUGAGGAUCUGUUCCAGUUCGCGUUCAGCCAAUGGUUGUUGGCGGACCUUAAUGAAAUCGGGGUGUCGAUGCUGCCACCGGGAUUUAAUGGAAAGACCGAGAAGCAAGUGCUGAAUGGCACAUUUCCCGUCCAAUUGCACCAGUUGAUCGACAUCGCCGAGUCUGCUUAUGAUCAGUGGAGAAACAUGCACGAUAAAAAAUUGGACGAAGCCGACGACGAAGUGCAGAUGCGAAAAAGUCAAGCAACUCACACCAAAAAGCGCCGAAUGCUAAAGCUUACCCUUACCGAUGGAAAACAAACGUUCUGUGCUGUGGAACACAACCCGAUCAAGUGUCUCACCACAAAGCUAGCCCCGGGUGUGAAGCUACUUCUAACGGGUCCGCUGCGCAGCGUCAACAGUGUGGUGUUUCUGGAGCCCAAAAAUGUGCGUGUCCUCGGUGGUGAACUGGAUGUUUUGCUGAUCAGUAACGCGUACGAAAACGUGCUUCUUCGAGCUAUGAACAAAGCGAUAACACAGAAUCCCAAGAUCGACUACGAAGAAGCGGAUGUGGUUGAGAACCGUGGGCGACCUAACAGCUACGGUCACAUCAAGCCAAUCACGAUGGAUAGCCACUCGGGACAGACCGAAGGAAAAGCGCACAGGAUAUCCCCACGGGUCUCUGUUGAUGACGCGGACGACGAUUCCUUGUUACUGGCUGUCGAUCUGGACUCGAUAGAAAGGAGCCAACCACGGAGUUCUUUUGGUGCUGGAAGCAAACCAGAGCAAGUGCCGGCCAUAAGUACACUGAUGGAUGAUGACGAAAUGGAUCAGUUGGUGCAUCUGAUAAACGAUCCGUGUGAACCGGAAAUCAUGAACCAUCAAGUGUCCUCGACGAGACAUUCGCAAUCCUCACCGGUGCAGCCCAAACCGUCCUUGAGACCACCACCGCGUCCCGUGGAAGCGGAUGAAGAAGACAUAGACAUGAUGAACAUGCUAGAGGAUCAGAUUCAAAACGAGCUGCGCGGUUUGCAACCACCACCGUUCUUGGAAGAACCGGAAGAACUUGAAGUUCCGCAACAAAAGAGAACUCGUCUGGUCAGCGGUUAUCCAGCACCUCCCGUAUCAGAGGUACCUUGUGAAACGGCCAAUAACACUGCCACACUGUGGGAUGCUCGGGGGGCGGAAGAAAAUUCGGCGACCAUUUCCACCCCGUCCCAGGCCAGUAAAAAAUUCGACGAUUUCAGCGCUUCGUUUGUGUUCGACGACAGCAUGGACUGUUUGGAGUUGCAUGAUGCACCCAAAACAAGCACACCGCCCAUCAGUAUCCUCUCCCCAGCCUAUCCAUUCCGUAUCGAGGGAACGAGCUUGAGUACGAUCGAACAGAUCGCGGCACUCACGGACAGCGAGCGAGCAGGUGCAAGCUUCGUCGUGUACGGGGAAGUGAGUGAUGUUAUCGAGCCGCCACGCAUACGUCAGCAUGUAUGGCAGUUGGGUCUGAUGCUAACGGAUCAUUCGCUUCCGAUGCUGUCGGUUCUGCUGCACACUACCGUGACUCAAUCGUUGGUACGCACCGAGCACGAUCCUGGUGCGCUGAUGCGAAUGAAUCGAACCGAUCGAGAGGGCGCCCUUCAGCUUCUCGACACGAUACUGGGCGAACUGAAUGAGGUGCUACAGGAAAUCAAAUGUUUUUGGCGCGUUGUCUACCCGGGGCCAGGUGCUUCCGCGUCCGAACUGCCAACGGUAACGGACACGUACCGAAUGAAUGAUGAACGCGGAGCUAUUUUGCUGGACAAGAUUGUCAAGGAGAACUGCAGUCAGCUAAGGCAAAUGUUGUAG